CGCUUUUCUUAACCUUAUAUUAUUUCGUUCUCAUUUUUUGCACCGCCAAAAUUCUCCAAUUCAAAAUUUUUUCCUGUUUUUGAUACAAAAGCAAGAAUACUAAAAAUUAUGGAAAAUAUAUCAAAUUAUAAUGAUGGUCAGGCGACGCUCACAGGUGAAGAGUAUGCUAGAUACGGGCGUCAGAUGAUAAUGCCUGAAAUUGGUUUGCCUGGUCAACUUGCGUUAAAAAAUUCAUCUGUUUUGAUUAUCGGGGUCGGUGGACUUGGAUGUCCUGCAGCUCAAUACAUAACAGCAGCAGGAAUUGGGACAAUUGGCUUACUAGAUGGCGAUGUUGUAGAUAAAAAUAAUCUUCAUCGUCAAGUUCUUCACUCCACAAGUAAGGAGGGGAUGUCAAAAGCUGAAUCUGCUAAACAAUAUCUUCAAGAUUUAAAUCCAAAUGCGAACAUACUUACUUAUGUGGAAUACGCAUCUCCACAGAACCUGUUUGAAAUUAUUUCAGCCUACGAUAUUGUGCUCGAUUGCACGGAUAAUCAAUUUACACGAUAUCUGAUAUCCGAUGUCUGUGUUUGGCAUGGGAAACCACUUAUUUCAGCUUCAGCCCUUCAAUUUGAAGGACAGCUCUGUGUAUAUAAUUACCGUAAUGGACCCUGUUAUCGUUGUAUGUUUCCGAACCCUACACCAGUCGUUACUAGUUGUUCUAAAUCUGGAAUCCUUGGACCGGUUGUUGGUACCAUGGGUACUAUGCAAGCUUUAGAAACGAUCAAAUUAGCAUUGCAUAUGAAGGGCAUAAACAAGGAACCAUUUGUUCCUUUUAUUUUACUGUUUCAUACAUUUAGAUUUCCUCAAUGGAAGCAUAUUCGCAUCCGCUCUCGUCAACAGUCUUGUGCAGCUUGCGGUCCUCAUAAAAUGUUAACUCGUUCUUUCAUUGAAUCCUCUCCUUCUGAGUAUGCUACUCUUUGUGACGCUGUUCCCAAAACCGAAAAGAAUCUGAAUCCCAUUAAACGAAUCACUCCAAGAGAGUUAGCGAAUUUGAUUAGAGAGUCACCCAGCAUGACAUUCUUAGAUGUUCGCGAACCAGUUCAGUAUGGUAUUUGUAACCUUCCUUCGUUUAAGAAUGUACCGUUAUCUGAAGUUUAUUCUAUGAAUGAUCUCUCCGGAAAAGUAUGUGUAAUAUGCCGAAGCGGCAAUACGUCUCAAAGCGCAGUUAGAACACUUCAAGAACUGAAUCCUGGUGCUGAAAUAUUUGAUGUUAUAUCCGGUUUACAAGGCUGGUCAAAAGAUGUUGAUCCCCAAUUCCCAUUGUAUUAAAUAUAUAAUAACUCGGUCCAUCAUAUCACUCUACAACAUCUUGCGUUUUACUAGACUACUAAUUAAAUUAUUCACUUAAUGAGACUAGGAAUAAUAAUUUAAAAAUCGAAAAUCUAAGCUAAACAAAACAAAUAAAUAAAAUUUAAAUGAUGCAGAGACUCCAUAAAUAAUAAUAAAGAACGUGAAUCUCGAGAUUAUUAAAGCUUUUUGAAUUAAAAGCAUUAUAUGUCAUACCGAUUUCUUCGAAAUCAGGAACCGUCAGAUUCGCAAUUGAUGAACCCUGGAUGGAUAUAGGCUGAGGAUCCUUCAGAGGACCGACUACUAUUUUCUGGAUUUUGCUGAUUGGAUUGACUCAUUCGAACAUAGUAUAAAGAAACGAAUUCCAUCGCUGGUUGAAUCAUUUUAGAA